AUGGGUGGGCCCGUUCGGGUCCUCGUGGCCUCUGGACUCCUACUGGCUACUGUUUCCGCCCAGCUCCAAGGCCUCGCCAACCACCACCAUCCGGCGGCGGGUCCGGAUUUUCUGGGAGUCGGCCUGGGAAGUCUCCUCGACGACCACCAAUUCUUGACGGCACCAGACGGGAGGAAAGAGGGGCUUAUUGACCCUUCACCAUCUCUUAUCGAGCCUUUGAGACAGCAAGCGAAACGACGAGAAGAGCAGCUUCGCCUGGAGCAGGAGGAGAUUUCGAGAGUUUUGUCGGAAGCUGCCGCCCAAUCGAGGAGUCAUGGCAUCUCGCUGUCGGCCUGGGUCGGGUCGAUUGUUGGCUGCCUCCUGGUCGUCGCCUGCGGCAUUGUCCCGGCCUUCCUGCUUCCGGCAAACUCGGGCGAAUUUUUGCAGAGUGAGGACGGCCGCAAAAAGUUAAACCUGCUUCUCUCCUUUGCUGUCGGCUCCCUGCUCGGUGACGUCUUCUUACAUCUGCUACCAGAGACGUGGUCAACGCAUCAAGUGGAUCGAGCCAGCGUGGGUCUUUGGGUACUUGCCGGCCUUCUCGUCUGUUUCUUCGUCGAGAAACUGUGCGCCCAUACCGAAGAGAGCCAGCAUAGGAUGUGUGCGUGGAUGAACCUGGCCGCAAACAUCGUCGACAACUUCACGCACGGGCUGGCCGUCGGAGGGUCGUUUUUGGUGUCCCCGACGUGCGGACUCGUGACUACCGCAGCUAUCUUGCUGCACGAAAUUCCGCAUGAAGUCUCGGAUUUUGCAAUUUUGCUGCGAGCCGAUUUCGAUCGAUGGAGUGCUGUGAAAGCUCAGGCCAUCACCGCAGUCGCUGGAGUCGCCGGCUCGAUUUCGGCACUUUGGCUCCAUUCUGACGCUUCACUCGGCGGCUCGGCCGCCUGGGUUCUCCCAUUCACGGCCGGCGGCUUCAUCAACAUCGCCCUGGCACAGAUUCUGCCCGAGCUGAUGAACGAGACGUGUCCAAAGCAAACCCUAAAACAACUGGCCCUAAUCUCGGCCGGAAUCUCGACUAUGUACCUAUUCAACGGGCUACACGUC